UCCUGCCUCGCGUCAGCUAGCUCCGCCGACCACUGGCUCCUACCUACGCCAUGGCGCCGCCGCCGCGGGAGCUGGUCAGCGACAUCAUCUCCGAGAUCCUCCUCCGCCUCCCACCGGACGAGCCCGAGUGCCUCUUCCGCGCCGCCCUCGUCUGCAAGCCAUGGCUCCGCACCAUCUCCGACCCCGGCUUCCUCGGCCGCUACCGCGCCUUCCACGGAACCCCUCCUCUCCUCGGCCUUAUUGACGCGGACCAGAAAAUCGACAGAAGCUGGUUUUUCCGCCUCGUCCCCACCAGAGUAGUGCCCGCGUUCCCUUUUCCGGCGCCCGACACCUGCGGUGAGCUGCCCCUCGACUGCCGCCAUGGCCGCGUCCUCAUCGGCAUGGUUCAAGACUGGCGUAUGUGUUACCUUGUCCUUGACCCUGUUACGGGCGUCCGCUGUCACCUACCCCAGCCGAAAAUCAGGUACGCUGGGAUCGGCCACAUUUGCAGCGCUGCUGCUGACUGCAGACACCUUGACUGCCAUGGCGAUCCCUUCUGUGUGGUCUUGAUGAUCAGAGACGGCUCAACUGCUACAAUGUCAGCAACAUUUUAUUCGUCAGAGAUAGGCGCAUGGAGCGAGGCAGCCACAUUGCAAGGCAUUCGUGGACUCUACGGGCGUGGUGCCCUUAUCGGAGAUGGAAUCUACUUCAUGCUAUACUUGAAUACUGGAAUUAUCAAGUAUGACUGGGGGAAGAAUAGCUUGUCUCUGGCUAAUCCCCCGCCAUCGGUAGUGUACAGCAAUCGGGUUACCCUCAUGGUGAUGGAGGACUCUUCUCUUGGGAUCGCUGAGAUUAAGCAUUCCAGUCUUUAUUUGUGGUCAAGAAGGGCGAGUUCAGAGGAAAAUGCAGAAUGGGUACAGUGCAGGGUCAUUGAUCUGGACACAAUGAUGCCCAUGGCAAAUCCGAGUGAUGGAGCAUAUGUGGUUGGCUUCGCAGAGGGUGUGGACGUUAUCUUCGUCAGAACACUUGUUGGAUUAUUCAUGAUGGAGCUCAAGUCAGGGCGAGUGACGAAACGUCACGAGCCUGAUUAUCUUUCAAGUGUCCUACCCUACAUGGCCUUCUACACUCCUGAUCAUUCUAGAUUGUCUCACCUAGGAGGAUCUACUGUUCUCUGAUGUGCCACUUUGAAGUAAGAUCUUGCAGAAUAGACGACCCAUCAUCUUGAGUAUGCUGCUGUUGUCUGUCAAAUCUGGUACUGUUAAGAAGUAUAUCUUCUACUGAGCAAUUUAAGUACAGAUGAUGCGCAAGUCAAUAUGAUCAUGAUCAGUUGUGGUGGUGGUUGAAUUCAUCCUGUUAUAUAGAUGAGAAAUAGUAUCUUAGUGUAACGUGUCAGCCACUCAGCCUGUCAGCCAUAUUUCAUUUACUGUUUGCUUUAUGCAUGAUUCAAUGGGAUUCAGAGUUACUUUCAUAUCAAGUAUGGGCAGACUUUUUAGAACAUACUACUGGAAAUACAAAGUUAUUCUAUCUAUAAUGUAGUUUCAGCAGGAAAUCAAUGAGAUUCAGAGUUACUUUCAUAUCAUGCAGCACUGGCAGACUUUCUAGAACAUACUGCUGGAAAUACAAAGUUAUUCUAGCUAUAAUAUAGUUUCAGCAGUAAAUCAAUGAGAUUCAGAGUUAAUUUCAUAUCAAGCAGCACUGGAAGACUUUUUCGAACAUACUACUGGAAAUACAAAGUUAUUCUAGCUAUAAUGUAGUUUCAGCAAGAAAUCAAUGAGAUUCAGAGUUACUUUCAUAUCAAGCAGCACUGGCAGACUCUGGAAAUACAAAGUUAUUCUAGCUAUAAUGUAGUUUCAGCAGGAAGUGGUUGUUAUUGUGAUUAGAUGCAAGAACAUCUUUAACAGGUAUGGACUUCAAAUGUUUUUCUAGUAUACAAAAAUUGGUGGAAAAUUUUGAUGUCUAUAUCUCAAAAAGACAUGAGAUGUAUCAUGAUGUAGGCUGCAUUCUGGCCUUUAUUCAAUACAGAGGGGUUUGCAGCAUGGGUGCAGGUCAGGGUCAUCUAUCUGGAGACAGUGAUGCCCUGAUGGCCAAACCUGUUAACAAACCAUAUGUGAGUGGUUCUGAGAUUGUCGGUGUCAUAUCUGUGGGCACAGAUGUUGGCAUAUUGAAUUUUGAGAUUGUGGGCCUCCAGUGCUGAACUAGUCCUCGCAUAUCUGUUAACCUACAUACCCAUAUGUUUACUCAGUUAAUCCUUUCUGAUUUGUAAAAAUUAGGCAUGCUGUAAUUAUUUUUAUGCGAUAGAGCAAACUGUAUACUUGUCAUUGGAAAACCAUCCUUUAUUUGUGCUUUGAGAUUUGAGUUGUUACAGACCACACAGUUAUAGAAUUGCUAAAUAUGCAUUCAAGUUUGAUGAUCUAA